AUAGUCUAUGGUUGACCGAGUUGUUUUGGAUACUGAAAAACAAAAAAUAAUUUGGAUUUAUCUGAGAUGUCACAAUAACUUCUUACAAUAUUUUAUUUACUUUGGUAAAAUCGUAUUGAAUUGAAAUAAAAUUUAUACAUGAGGUGGUAAAAUGUCAACAAUAAUAAAAUUUGAUAUCAAAGAAUUAAAAAAACUAGCUACUGAUAAAAAUUCAUGUAUUAUCGAAAAGAAAGUGACUCAAAACUUAGCUUUACAACCCUGGUGUUUAGGAAAUCUCAAGGAAUCUAUAAAGAAUUUGUUAGAUUACAAAAUUGGAAAAUUUGACAAAGAGUUUAAUGGAAUUCUGUUAAGUUACAAAAACCCCAGCAUUCUACAGAAUGUUGGUGCAAUCAGAAAUGAUAAUGCGGAUAUUCAUUUCCAAGUUAGAGCUGACUAUUUCAUAUUUCGCCCUUACGUUGGAGCCACCUUAACGGGGAUAGUUAAUAAAAAAACCAUGACCCAUUUAGGCAUUCUGGUUCACAGGGUGUUCAAUGUGGUGAUUCCAAGACCAACAGAGGAGCCUGGGAAUAUGUGGGUGGGGUCUAAUGUUCAGGAAGGCCAGGAGGUGGUGUUUAGAAUAGUUGUUUUAGACCUUUAUGGUGCCCUGCCUUAUAUAAGAGGGGAAUUGGAUGAGAGGAGUAUUAAAUUAGCAACUGACGCAGAUGAUGAUGAGGAAAUAGAUUCAAAACAAGCACACCCUAUGAAUGUGACGUAUGUGGACUUUGAUAAAACCAAACCAUACAGCCAGAAACAAAUUGGAGACUGUCUUCCUCAGUCCACAUCAAAAAAUAGUACAAAACCACUCAACUCUAGCAAACAUCAGCUCAAAAACUUAAGUACAGACAAUCAUGUUCCAAUGCACAAUGGUAAAUCAGGAUCUGCAAAAACAAAAAAUGUAGACAGUGAAAUGAGUGUGUCAGACAAGAACAAAGCAAAGAGGCAAAAUAAACUAUUAUCAGAGUCUGAGCAAAAACAAAUGGAGACUCCUACUAAACCUUCAAAGAAACACAAACGAGAUGUACAAUAGUUUUACAAUUUUUAUUAGAAAUAUAUUUAAUAAAAUUUUACCUUUUGUAAAAUUUCAGAG